ACGCGAGGUAGUCAGCGGACGUGGCCGCGGAGCUUGCUGGGACUUGUAGUUAGAAGACCCGGCCUCCGGUUGCCGCUUAACACUGUCAGUCGCCGCAUAGCGGUUACUAAGGGGUGUGAAAGGUCGUGGCAGGUAGCACCGUGGAGCGGCUCCGAGAUCCCCGGGAGGCUCGCAGGCGCUCAUCCCUCCUGACUGGGACGUCGCCUCCGCGGACUCCUCGGAGACGGAAACGACGCCGGAGGCAGGCAAAGAAACAAGUGAAGAAACAAACAAAAAAGGAAGUCAACAGGCCAUUCUCAACGUCAAAGAUCAAGCCGAGGACACUGGUUAGUGACUCGGAAAGGUAACGUCAGGAAGAAGCCCAAGGGUUUGGUUGGAGCAUGGGCUGAACAUCAGGAAAGCCCGAAGGUGACUUCUUUUGAGUUCAGGGGGAAGAAAGGGUCUCGGCAGGGAAAUCAGGUGGACCUUCCUGGACGUAUCCUGGACCAGGCUUUUCUGCUGAAGCACCACUGUGUGAAGAAGCCAUCAGAUCUGUGCACCAUUAAUGUGAGUGGCCUGAAGUUCUCCAAGGUGAGGCCAGCCAGCAAAGAUGUGAUUGGGGUGCACCAGACUUGAGGUGGCACACCUGGCUGUUCUGGUUUGUCUCUUGUACCUCCAGAGUCCCUAGAAACUGGAAAUCUGGUCAUGUAGAAGGAGGGAGAGGAGGGUCAGACAAGGAUUUAUUGGGUAAAAACAAUACUCAGACACAAACUUUUGCUAUAAAUUUUAUAUUGCCCUUGUCCCAUUUGAUGUGAAUUAAGGAAAAUUGCCUUAUGAAAUUGGUUUUGAAUUUGCUGUGUCAUUUUAUUGGUACAUAAUUCAUUGUGUGACACUGAGUUUCCAUCACAAGAGCCUACAAGAGACAUUUUUCAAGUUUCAAUGCCAGGAAUUGUAAUGGUUCUCCCAAGAAACUGGUUUGUUCCUAACUUGCAGGUACUGUGACUCAUGCAAUGAAUCUUGUUUCUUUCUUUGUGUUGGCUUAUAGGCAGCUUGGAGUCAUAUUUGUGACCCAUCACUAGCCAGUGUAUAUACAGGAUUUUAUAACAUACAUCUUUGGUAUACAGGCUUUCGUGGCAUACCAACGUAGAUUACUUGUAUAAACCAUAGAGUAGGGGCUCUAAGCCACAGGAUGGCCAAGGUAGUGGUAGAGCAGACUGCUCCUUUAACAGGGUUCUGCUUCACUUCAUUUAGCACUCAUAUUUUCAGACCUGAGUUACAUUGGGACAGGUUAGCCAUAGAAAUAUAUUCAUCUUGUGCCUGAGAGGCCCUCCAUUCUAGGCCAGCACAUGGUCCCCAGAGAUUAUAAUAUAUAGUUCACAUAUAAUUGUGAGACAAAGUGGUAGAGGAAGAUUUCAGAUAUCUCAGUCAAUUCAGCUUUUGAGGGCUACAACAUGGCUGGCCAAAGCUCAGUCUCCUCAUUGGAUACUGUCUAUUCUUUCAUGUAUUCACUCACCUGCUCACCAAAUAUUACUGAGGCCUGAUAUGGCUCUGUGCUGCUUCCUGGAGGACACAGAGGUGGCUCAGACACUGCCUACCUUCUGGAGUAUAUAGUUCGGUAGGGAGGGAGGAGGCUGGGCUUAGAUGGAUAUGGAGAUAGACAUGACUAGCUAAUGCAGUCAAUGAGGGAAACACGAGAGUGCUGAAUAUGACCCCAGAGGACAGUACCCUGACUUAGCCUUAUAUUCAGAAAACACACUCUGAAGAGGGUGGUUGAGACAUUGACCACCAGCUGUGGAGGUCUGGCCUGAAGACCUUGACUCAGAUGAAUAAAUGCACUCUCACCAUUACAGUGAUUCAGGUGGGCUAGGGAUGGUCAUCAGCUGCAUUCAGAGGACAAAAUGCAGCCAAUUGAUGAAGACUCCCUCUCCAUGGUUACAUUAUUCAGUAAAAGGUUUUAUAACAGAGGUUCUAAGUCAACACACUUCUGAAUAAUUAACAUGGUUAAAAUAGUGGUUAUACAAAUGAUAAAAGCUUUAGGUUCCAAGCCCAGGGUAAACACUAUUAGCAGGUCAUUCCCCUUUGAUCUCACCCUGAGAGGACCAUCCAGCACAAAGUUUACAUUUGUAAACAGAGUAGAGGAAAAGGGAUGUGGGGUAAACAGACAAACUGGGAAAGCCUCUUAUCAUCCCUGUAUUCUCCCUAACUUAAUGGACCUGCCACCUUUGGCCUGUCCCAAUAAAACUUUUGGCCUUCCAAAAGGUUUGAGACUAAUCUAUUACUUUUCCUAAUAUUUCUUUAAUAUUUUGCUGCCACCCUGAGUAAAUCUCAACAUUUCUCCCUUCUUUUUCAACAAUAUCAGGCUUUGUUGUCUGCCGGCCACUGAUUCGUUUAGCUAUGGAACUAUCAGGUGAGGCGGUCCUUGCUUUUAUUCCAGCUUUGCAUCCUAGGAUCAACAAAUAACAAGACAACUAUGAGUACAGUUAGCAACAGUCUUUUCCGGUUAAAGAGCAACUCCCAGGAGUGGGGGUUUAAUCAGGAGAGAUGAUUUUGCACACCUUUCCAUCAUUUUUGGCCAGAUUAUUUAUAAAAGCAUGUGUUUGAACUGACUCAGUAAUAGAUGCCACUGCAACUCUGGCUGUAGCCAGGAUGACUAUGGCUGAGACCAUAAAAGCCAUAAGUGUAACUGAAUUUUUUGUGUUUGACCUGUAGUGUUACUUGGCAUUUCAGUUUACUGUAUGCCAUUACUGAGGAACUUCAACUGGAGGUAUGUUAAUCUCUUUUAGUUAAGCGGUUGCAUUGUUAGAAGCUGUGAAGGGUGUGUUAGUUUAAGUUGCAGGGAAGAAAAAUGUAGAAGAUGAGCUUGAUGGAGUGUAGCAAGUACAGGUUGCAGGCAGAGUGAAAGAAUAAAAAAUGAAUCCUAAGCUGGAUUUGCUGAGCCUUUUGCAUUGUUCUCUUCGGCAUUCAUCAGGUGUGGUCCGGGGCUUGUGUGGUUUGAGAAAGCUGCGUCGUUUUGCAGGGUCUCUUUUAGGCUGGCUUAAGUUUUUCUUCUUUCCAUCCUUUGAUGAGGAUGCAGUUUCUUGGCUGGUGCUGGUACACGGGAAAUUCUAGGAGUUAUGCCUGUGCUAAGAGACUUUUUAUAAUCUUUGUAAAAGAGCAGGUUAGUGCUUUAAGAAAACCUUGUGCUUUAUCUUAAUGUCCAGUUCACAGAAAAACUGGAUACUUCUUUAACUUUUAACUAAUACAUUUACACAGAGAAUUUUUUUUACAGCUAAUGUUUUAAAACUUUCAAAACAAAAUUUAUACAACCUAUUUGCAUAAAUUUUCUUCUAUAACAUUUUUUAAACUUUCACUCUCAAACUUAGACAUGCUUUGACUUUGUUUUGUAACCUUCCUCACUAAAGGUGCAAUCUUACAACUUUCUUAAUAUUUCUUUCUUUACUUCUUACUUUCUGUUCCUCUUUCUCUUUGCCUUCCUUACCUUUCUCUUUUUGACCUUGUUUUUUUUACACUAUCUCUUUCUUUAAAGGAAUUUUGAUGAUAUCAGGUUUAUAACUUAGCAAUUGACUAUAUAAGUCAUUAACAUAGCAAGCUGAAAUUGGUAACAUGAAGUUUAAAAGGAAAUUAGCACCUUUCAAAGCAGAGAUUUAAAGAAUAUACUUUAACCUUGUGCUUAAAGCCACAGGCAGAAUAGCUUAAAUCUUGCAAUUGAGUUUUCAGGCUGACCAAAUUUGUGGACUUUAAACUGGAAAACUGUUUUGAAAACAGUGACUUAAUGGCUGAGCAAAGACUAUCUCUAAUCAGUGUUUCAUGCAUAUGUUUUCACCACACUCAUAUACAAUUUUCUUUUACUUUCUGAGAAUGGGCACAACCUUUUUACUUCUUAAUUCAACAAAUAUUUAAUUUGGCUUAAAGUUUUCCUUUAAAGCAUAAUGUGUUGUUUUACAUGCUUAGCUUUUAAUUGCUUUUCGACUAAUUUGUGGGCCUUUUAUAGCUGGUUGACAUUUACUUAAAUUUACAAAAUUAAGGGUAAAUAAGACUUGUGCGAGUGUUGCCUUUUAAGGUAGAAAAUAGGUUUUGCAACUUAUCAGUUAAUUAGGCAAUUCUUUUCUACCGAGGAGCAAGGCUAUAUGGCUGGCUUUUAAUUGCUCCUUACUAAUUCAUGGGCUAGCUGUAAUUUUUCUCCUUUCAGAGGUUACUGUUUUACUUGUUAGAUUUUUAAAAGAGCUAUGUUAAAAGUAAGGUUGGAAUAACAACAGUGGCUAAUAUCAGAAAAGGGUUUUACAAAUCCUUAAAUUUUACUUAAACCUUAGCAGAGAAUUAUGAUUUGGGAUGCUGCUUGUAUACAAAGAACACAUGGAAUUUCACUGUAAGACACCUGCGGAGAGGAGGAGCAGCAGCAGCGCUGGUCCCUGGACGGCAGCCAUGCUGGUCCCGCCCAGGUGCUGCAAGCUGCCCUCCGCUUGUGCUACUCGCUCCAGCUUCCCAGGAGGCAGAGUUUUCCUGCUGGAACCUUUUUUCCCUUUCACUCGGCUGUGUGGCUCUGGCCUGUAAUGCCUUUUUCUUAUCUUUUUAUCAACAUACACCUGAUUGCCUUGCUGACCAUUAAUUACUGGGCAGGCUAAGAGUUCCUUCUGUAAUGCUGCUUGCUUAAGACGAGUUCGUACAGCUAUAGCGUUUCCCGUGUUUUAUUUCCUAUUCAUUGGCUGCCUUUGUGCAUGAUUUUUCCCCACUUGUUCCCAGAGCUUUAUCUCCAGUGUGAUCUUUACCAAGAACUGCGGGCCUUGGGAAACAGCAGUUUGAAUUACGUCCCAUACUUUUAUCUGCUGAGCUGAUAACUGCUGUCCUAUGAUGAAUCCCUAACCUGAAACAAUGCCUCCCCGAGCUUGGCAAUCCCCAGUGGGUACCAAUGACUUACUACUUGACCUAACCACACAGUCUUCUUUUUUCCAGUUCUCGGGAGGUCUGUCGUUUCUUCUUCACAGUGCUUGUCACAUUGGUUCACUCCAUGUUCGAGCACCUGCUGUGACGGGUAUCACACCAGGGUCACCACCUGAGAUGACCAGGUGGCUGCAGAGGUCUGGCCUGCAGACCCUGAUUCAACGACAGCGGAAUAAAUGCACUCUCACCCCAUUACAGUGAUUCAGGCUAAGGAAAAUGACUUCAAGCAUUUUCAUUCUGUGGUUUAUAUCAAUGCCUCAGAAAACCUGCUGCCUCUAGAGGCAUUUCACACAUUUCCAGCCCUAAAGGAACUGGAUCUCGCAUUUAAUGGCAUCAAAACAAUCUACGUGAAAUAUGGAGACUUUAAGUUAUUGGAGUUCUUGGACCUUUCCUUCAACAGCCUGACUGCAGAGGCCAUCUGUGAUUUGGGGAUUCUGCCACACCUCCGUGUCCUGCUCCUCACAGGCAAUGGCCUCACCUCCCUGCCACCCAAUUUGGCUGUCGCAGAGCAGGAGGCAUCCGUAACAUCGCUGACAAGCAAGAGGUACCUCCUGAGGUUCCCAGCACUGGAGACACUGAUGCUGGAUGACAACAGACUCUCCAACCCCAGUUGCUUUGCCAGCCUGGCUGGGCUCAGGAGACUGAAAAAGUUAAGCCUGGAUGAAAACAGGAUUAUCCGGAUCCCAUACCUACAGCAAGUUCAGCUCUACAAUGAGUCAGAGGAUUGGAUUGGAGGCAGGGAAAAUCCCCAGAAAGAGCCCCAAUUCAUGCUGCAGUCCAAGCCAUGGAUGCUUGAGGACUCAAAUGAGCAACUGGAUUACACUGUACUGCCCAUGAGAGAGGAUGUUGACCAGACAGAGGUUGUGUUCUCAUCUCACCCUGGAUUUUCAACCUCAGAGAAAACCAAGAUAUGUUCACUUCCUCCCAUAUUUGAGAUUCUUCCUGUGAAGUCACUGAAGGCCAGGAACCAGACGCUGGCCCCACCCUUCCCAGAGCUGAGAUACCUUAGCCUGGCCUACAACAAGUGCUUGUUUCCCACUGGACAGUGCUCUUUGAGGGCAGGAACUGUGUCCUGUUUUGCUCAUUCCCAACAAAGUGCUUGGCACAUGAUUGCAAAGGAGGAUGCCGUCCUGCCAGUAGCUCUCUUCCCAUCUCUCUGCGAGUUCGUCUUUCAUAACAACCCUCUAGUGGCCCAUACACGAGGGGUCCCUCCACUGCUGAAGAGCUUCCUCCAGGAGCGACUGGGAAUCCACUUAAUUCGAAGGAAGACAGUAAAGUCUAAGCAUCAUAUUUUGAUGCCUCAGAAGGCUUCACGGAAGGUGAAAACUGAAAUCCCAAAGGUGCCGAAGCAGCCGCUGCUGCUCCAUCAUCCAUACGUGGCCACAACCAAGUCUCCCUCAAUGGAUAUGCUAGAGCCAGAGGCAGAGCUGGCUGAAGAUCUGCCCACUACCAAAAGCACUUCUGUGGAGCCAGAGAUGUCCUCUGAGAGCUUGGAAGCCCUUUCCCUGUCUCGCCGGACCUUUGUGCCACUGCCUCCCAUCUGCUCCGACUCCACUGUGCAUAGCGAAGAGACCCUGUCUCACCUGAGUGAUGUAGCUGUCCACCUCAGCCCAGAGCACCCAUCAGAUGAGGACUCCAAGAGCAAAGAGUCCGUCUUCCUGACCCAGGUGAGUGAGCUGCCUUCCUCCAUCAUCCAUAGGGAUGAUUUAAAGGAGAAAGAUCAAAAGAGACCACCAACGGCAUCCAGAGAGGUGAAAGGGACUCGGAGGAAGCUCUCAGCUUCCUCUCUUCCCAGCAAGUACCAUGGCUAUGAAGAACUGCUGACAGCCAAGCCUGAUCCAGCCUUCACUGAGCCAAAGGGAAUCCAGAAGAAUGCACAGGCCCUGCAACACAUGCUGAAGCACCCACUCCUGUACCACUUCUCCAAGCCCAAGCUGGACACUCUUCAGAAAUCCUAUGUUCCCAAAGAAAAACGGGCCCAGAGGACCCUGAUUCUGCCACCACAGAAGACUAGAGCCCAGCUGCUGGAUGACAUCUUCAUUCGCUUGCGGGAUCCCCAGAACAUUACAGAGGCUCCACUAGGCACUGUCCUGCGUCGUCGGACAGAGCAGCGGCUGGUGAACCAGAAGCAGUACCUGGAGGCCAAGAGGCUGUUGAAGGAGUUCCAGGCACGCUACCGGCGGCUGGUGCGUGGCUCUCUGCGGACAGUGUUGGGGACCACCCUGCUCCCUCCAGCCUGCCCACCGCUGAGUGAGAGCCAGCCCAAGUUUGGCCGCUUCCUCAAGUUCAUUGAUGAGUUCUGCCAGGACCCCACAACCAGUGGCUCACAAAGCUAGGGCUGUGCACCACCUGGCCUGUGCCCCAGCUCUCCCCAAGGGCUGUGCCAUGGACUGCACCAGCCAGCCACAGGCCUCAGCUCAACUGGGCUCCACUCACUGGACACAAACUGGCCUCCCCGUCAGAAUCUUCCUUCCUUGGGCCAGGCAUGACCUGGUGCCUUGCCCAGUGGAAUAAAGAGUGACUGCACAGGGCAACA